CGAUCAGACGGCGCGAAGAUGUUCGCGAAAGCUGCGGCCUCUGCGCGGCGGUGCUGAGUGCGCGACUCGAUUGCGAAGGAGUGGUGUGCACGAGCGCUGCAGCGUUCGCCCCCCCUCUGGCACCGCUGGACUCAAGCUGACAGCGCGUUUCGUCCAGCGGCAGGAGGACCAUGCGCGACCCAUCGACAAAUCUCAAGCCGGGCGCUUGGCACUGGAUGUGUCUUCUUACCCUGAGCUUUCAAGCGUGGAUGUGCCAAGGCCACCUGAACCGGAGCAACUGCAACGACCUGUGGGUGCACCACAAGGUGCGCACUUCAGGCACCUACCAGAUCGACGUGGACGGCGACGGUCCCCUGAGGCCCAUCUGGGUAGACUGCGAGAUGGGAGACGGCCGCGAGCUGUUCCAGGUGCUCACCGUCGUGCACCACGACCUCGAGGAGACGCUGCAGGUGCGCGGCAAGGAGCCGCCGGGCUCUUACUCGCGAAACGUCACCUACGGGGACGCGACCGAGCGACACUUGACGACACUCAUCGACAGCAUGUUCUCCUGCCAGCAGCUCGUCCGCUGGGACUGCAAGGGCGCCAUGUUCGGAUUCUGGUACCCGCCCGGACUCGACAGCUGGUGGGUUGGCCGAGACUGGCGGGACCAGUUCUACUGGGGCGGCGCCGAGACGGACAGCCGCAGCUGCGGCUGCCACCCGCACUGCCUGCGCACGCGGCGCAACUCGACGUGCAACUGUGACGCCAACGUCAAGCAGGUGUGGCUGGAGGACGCGGGCCUCCUGCUGGACGCCCGGCGGCUCCCCGUGCUGCAGCUGCGCUUCGGCGACACCGGCGAGGCCAACGAGGCCGGCAAGCACACGCUCGGGCCGCUCGUCUGCCGAGCCACGGGUCACGUGGACGUGUUCCGCGGCAGCUUCGUGGCGCCGGUGACGAUCACGAGCUCGGGCUACCCGUCCUCGUACCCGCCGCCAUUCCACCGCUACCUGUGGACCGUGUCCGUGGAGCCCGGCGACGUGAUGGAGCUGGUGUUCCUCGAGUACGACGUGCUGCACUGGGGCGCCUACGCGGCCGUGCCGGGCUGCCGCGCCGCGGUGCGCGCGUCGGCGUGGCGCCACUCGGACGGCGCCCGGUUCGCCAUCGAGCGCCAGGGCGACGCGCCGCCCUACCUGGUCACCGACGGCUCGCGCACGCUCGUCAACCUCACGCUCACCACCUGCAACCAGGUCCUGAAGAAGCAGCUCACCAAGCGGGGCUUCAUGGCCGAAUUCAGGAGGGCCGAGUGUGCCGGGUGCGAAGCAGGGCUCGGCGUCAACGGCUCGCAGACGAUCUGCAGUGCGCCGUGUGGCAUCAUCUCUUCGUACGGCUACCCGUACCCGCUGGUGUCGUACGAGCCGAGCGGCCACUACCGGCACACGUGGCUUCUCCGGGUGUCGCCGGGGCGCGUGGUGCGGCUGCAGUUCAACGACUUCGAUGUGGCCCCGAGUCCCGGCGCGCGGACGUGCAACACCGACUGGGGGCUCGUGUCCAUCUACAGCGGCGACAACGUGAGCGACACUUGGAGCCUCGUGGGCAGCUACUGCAACCUCAACCGCCAGGGAGUGGUCUUCUCCGAGACGAACGUCAUGAGCGUCGUCUUCCACGACCGCUUCCGCAAAAUCGGAAACUCCAGAGGAUUUCACGCAACCUACAAGGAGUUCCUACCCGCGCUGGUGCCCAAAACAGGCAACUCUUCUCGGCUGGUCAACGUGGCACGGGGCAAGCCGGCGCAGCAGAACACCACCCACGAACACUACGAGGCGCAGCUGGCGGUGGACGGCAACGAGGAACCGUCCAUCUCCGCCGGCUCCUGCGUCUCCACACAGUUUAUCCAGGACCCCUGGUGGCAGGUGAACCUGCAGAAGGAGCACUUGGUGCACGCCGUCGAAAUACACAACAUCGCGGACGCGGGCCCGCCGGAGUCGCCGAGCGCGUGGCCUCCCGGCGCGUACGCACUGCCGAUGCCCGUGUCCGGCUGCCCGUCGGCGUCGGGCUUCACGUGGCACACGGGCUGCCGCUUCCACGACAUCUUCUACGACGUCGUCGAGGACGACAAGAUCCGCCACUGGAGCGACGGCAUGAAGCUCGAAGGAGGCCUGCAGGAAGGCGGUGGGGUCAAGCAGUGCUUCUGCGUCAAGAAAGAGGACGCGCCUCCCAGCAGCAACGCGACUUCCUGGCCACCGGGAAACUACUGCAUUCUGCAGGUGGGCGACACGUGUCCCGAGGGCUUCCCGAGCGGCGGCGGCGGCCACGUGACCUGGAUCGACCGGCGGCCCUCGGACCCGGAGGCGCGCAACCGUGCCGAGGGGUUCCUGCCGCGGGGCCGAUACACGGCGCACAACACGACGCUGUACUUCUGCUGCCGGGCCGACGGCAGCGUGGACGCGGCCGUGCGGCUGCCCACCGACCUGCCCUUCUACCUUCUGCAGUACGACGGCGGCGCGUGCCAGAAGGUGCAGGGCAUGUCCGUGUUCGAGCAGUCGUUCCACUUCAUGGAGGACGAGCUGGGCGCCCGGAUGACCGCCGAAGCGGACCUACACGGCGGCGUGCCCAAGUUCAGAGAGGGACACCCGCGGGUGGACUCGACGCUCUUCGACCGGGGACUCGUGCUCUACUACUGCUACUACGACGUGGAUCGACCUGCAGAACCACACGCACGUCACAGGCGUGAUACUGCAAGGUAUGAACACGCCCGUCAAGAGUGGCUACAUUAUGGCCUUCCAGCUGACCUUCAGCAACGACAGCAUUUACUGGACGUCGGAGGAACAGCCCGUGGGCCACCGAAAGGUGUACGAGUGCCAGCAGUGCGAGCUGUCCACAUUCAACGCAGACCAGGCCGUGCGCUACAACCUGCUGCGCAGCAUCGUCGCGCGCUACGUCAAGCUGCAGGUGCUGCGCUGGAAGCGGGCUCCCUGCCUGCGCCUCGAGCUGGUCGGCUGCCGGUCGCAGGUGAACUGCGGCGCGGUGCUGGAGGCCCCCGAGGGCUCGAUAGCAUCGCCCAGCCACCCGUUCUACUACGGCCAGGACAAGGCUGCUGGUGGAAGAUCCUGCCCCCUGCCGGCAAGCACGUGUGGCUCAGCUUCGUCAUCUUCGACCUCGCGCGGAGGGAAGCGCCCUCUCGCGCAGGCCAGUGCCAGGACCAACUGCUGCUGUGCCCUGGCCGCGACCCCAAGAGCAACUGCUCCGACUCGAUCCUGUCGCCCAACGGUCAGACCUUCCCCAAGGAGAUCAUCUCCAACGGCCCCAUGGAGAUUCACCUCAAGACGUGCUUCCGCUACUCGCUCAGCAGGUUCAGCGGAUUCUACGCCACCUACAAGUUCACCGACUGUCCGGGCUGCGGCAUGGGCGACUACCACUGCGCGGCGGUGCACGUGUGCGACGCGCACUGCGGCCACGUCUUCUCGAUCGACUACCCCAAGCCGUACGUGAACAACCACCGUUGCGCGUGGCUCAUCGUGGCCCCGCCGUCGCACUACAUCAACGUCACGUUCGAGGACUUCGACCUGCCGAGCGCCGAGCACUGCGCGUCCGACUACCUGGAGUUCUACGACGGUCGGGACCAGGAGCAGGAGAACCUCAUCGGCCGCUACUGCAACAACUCGAUGCCCCCUCGCAACGUGGUCUCCAGCUGGAACACGUUGUCCAUCGUCUUCUCCACGGACGGCAAAGGCACGGGGCGCGGGUUGGCCCUGUCCUACCAGUCGCUCAGUUUCCAGCUGCCGGCGGACCUCAACCAGCUUUACUUCGACAACCCGCAGGAGUGCCCGCAGCAGUGGAAGUUCUACAACGACCACUGCUACAACAUGUACGAGGAGCCGGACCCGCUUCAGUGGUACGAGGCCGAGGCCAAGUGCGCCGCCUGGGGCAAGGGCCGCUCGGGGCACCUGGUCAGCAUCCUGGACGAACGCGAGAUGGCCAUCAUACACUACUUCCUCACCGACAUUUGGAAGGCGCACAGGAAGUCGCUCUACAUCGGUCUGACCGAUGCCGCGGGCGAAGGUUUCUACCGCUGGAGCGACGGUAACCCCAUGAGUUAUUCAGACUGGGCGUACGCGGGCCACGGCCUGUCGUCCCAGCCGGACUGGGUGGCGUACGAGGACUGCACCAUGCUGCGCGUGGACAGUGGCCACUCGACCGCCCACUGGCACGACAUCCCUUGCUCGCUGGGCAAGCAUUCUCUGGGCACACUGAACCGCGCCGCCGAAGCGCUGGCCGGGUGGCGCCAAAUGGAGGAGCUGCCCAUCACCACCAUCAGCGCCUACAUCUGCAAGAUGAGCAGCCACAAGGCCGACAACGCCCCUGGUCCCCCGCCGUUGUACCGGCACAUGAAGGCACACGUGGGCGAGGUGCGGGUGGCGCCAGAGAAGUACUUCGUGUGCCGCAACAAGGAGGUCAUCUCGGUGGUCAACGUCUGCGACGGAGUGCACGACUGCCGCGACAGGUCGGACGAGAGCGGCUGCGGGGUGACCUGUCCUGACGGCAGUUUUCGGUGCGCGAGCGGAAAAUGCGUCUCCAUCGGCGCGUUCUGCGACUUCAAGGACGACUGCGGCGACUCUUCGGAUGAAAGUCAAUGCGACUACAUUGAAUGCAACAGAACGGAAUUCCGCUGCAAGAACGGACAGUGCAUCUCAAUCGCUCACAGAUGUGACCUGCUGUCAGACUGCCACGACAAUUCUGACGAGCAGGACUGUCUCGGUCAGUGCAACGUGAACGUGACAUUCCAGUGCUACGACGGCACUUGCAUUCCUAAGAACGCCGUCUGCGAUGGACACCGGGACUGCCCUGGCAAGUACCACGAGGACGAGCAGGAUGGAUGCCACUUGAUAAAAGAAGAAGACCGCCAAGGUCUCGAGGAAGAGAAAAAGAAGUGUGACAACAAACCGCGCAAGACGUGCGAGGACCUGUUCGUGCAGGACGGCAUCCGGCGCAGCGGCCACUACCUGAUCGACGCGGACGGCGCCGAGGGCCCGAUCUUGCCGUUCCGCGUGCACUGCAUCAUGGGAUCGACGGUGGAGGACGUGCGCACGCUGGUGCACCACGACUCCGAGCAGAGGAUCUACGUCCGCUCGGGUGUCGAGGGCGCCUACGCGCGGCCCAUCACCUACGAAGUCGGCUGGGCGCAGAUGCGCGCGCUCAUCGGGGUGUCCCAGAGGUGCCGACAGUACGUCAAGUGGGAGUGCAGCGGCGUGGGCGCGGGCUUCGGCUACUCGGACGAGCGGCCCCUGUCGUGGUGGGAGAGCGUGGACGGCGACCCGCAGUUCUACUGGGGCGGCGCAUCGGAGAACCUCACGUGCGCCUGCUACCCGGACUGCUUCAGCCCCGACCAGCGCUGCAACUGCGACUCGAGCUCCGAGUUCCACUGGCUGGAGGACCAAGGCUACAUCGCCAGCAAGGAGAUGCUGCCCGUCAGAAAGCUCCGUUUCGGCAACACGUACAAAACUGGUCAAGCAGGUUACCAUACCAUCGGUCCUCUGGAAUGCUUCAAGCAAGUAACAUCGAUGGAGGAAUGCGAUUCCUCGCAGAACUACUUGCGGUGUCGGACAGGUCAUUUUGUCAACAUCAGCACCAGGUGCCUGUACGGGUUCGACCAGUUCGGCUUCCAGGCGGGCUGCCGGGACGUGUCCCAUCUCCGUGGAUGCGAGCACGUGGUCUGUCCGGAGGACUACGUCAAGUGCGCGAGGUCAUACUGCAUUCCGUCGCACUUCCUGUGCGACGGAAAGUGGGACUGUAUUGGCGGCGAAGACGAAAUCGAAUGCAGCAAGUAUACGUGCCCGGGCCGCUACAAGUGCCGCAACCAGAGUUCGUGCGUGGCCCUGCACCAGCUGUGCGACGGAACCCGCCAGUGCAAGCACGGGGACGACGAGCACCUCUGCGACCUCAGGUGCCCGGCCGCGUGCCAGUGCAGGGGCCACUUUGUCAAGUGCAUCGAGAAGAACCUGGUCGCGCUUCCCGACGACCUGUCCCAGCUCGUUCGAAAGCUAAAUUUCAGCUUCAACCGCCUGGAUAUACUCAAGUCUAAUUUCUCGCCUUUUAAGAGACUGGGUGAACUGAUAUUGCAGUACAAUGGACUGACCGUGUUGCCGUCGAACAAGUUUAUCGAACUGAAGAACCUGUACCUCCUGGACUUGAGGAACAACCGCAUUGUUCAGAUAGAGACUGCCGCUUUUGCUGGCCUGAAGAACGUAAGAUUCCUACACUUGGAAAACAACCCAAUUCUGUCUGAAAUUAAGGCUGGCGCGUUUGUCGGCCUCAACAAACUGACCUUCCUAAACCUAAGCGGCAUGGCUCUUUCGGGGCUCAAGAGAAACACCUUCGUGGGCUUGGACCAAGUGACGACACUGAACCUGCGGAACAACAAGCUGCAGUACGUGGAAGACGGAGCGUUUCAGGGAUUGAAGAGCGUCACCAGCUUGGACAUACAGGGCAACGACAUCCAGCACUUCUCUCACGAAAUGUUCCACGGCUUGCACUCUCUGGAGUCUCUCUUCAGCGACUCGUUCAAGUUCUGCUGCCUGGCGUCGCCCCAAGUGUCCUUCGACUACUGCCUGCCGCCGGCCGACGAGAUCUCGUCGUGCGAGGACCUCAUGAGCAGUCCCGUGCAGCGCUCCUUCCUCUGGGUGCUGGGAGUGGUGGCGCUGCUGGGCAACCUGUUCGUCAUCGCGUGGCGCCUCAAGACCAAGAACUCGAACCCGGUGAGCUCGACGCUCAUCCUGUCGCUCGGCUGCGCCGACCUGCUCAUGGGCGUCUACCUGAUCGUCAUCGCGAGCGUGGACAUCUACUACCGCGGCCGCUACAUCCAGAACUCGGACGUGUGGCGCGCCAGCGCCCUGUGCAAGCUGUGCGGCUUCCUGUCGACGCUGUCCAGCGAGAGCUCCAUCUUCACGCUGGUGCUCAUCACGGCCGACCGGCUCAUCUGCAUCUCCUUCCCCUUCUCCGUGCUGCGCUUCGGGCUGAGGCGGACCUACCAGCUCAUCGCGGCCGCCUGGGCCACCGCGGCCGCCAUCGCCGCGCUGCCGCUCGUCGUGCAGCCGUACUUCCAGGGAGAGUUCUACGCGCGCUCGGGUGUGUGCCUGGCGCUGCACAUCACCAGCCAGAAGCCGUCCGGCUGGGAGUACUCGGUGGCCGUCUUCUUCUGCGCCAACUUCUUCGCCUUCGCCAGCAUCGUGGCCGCGUACGCGUACAUGUACCUCAGCAUCCGGCGCUCCAAGACGGCCGUCAAGCGGCACACCGCGCGGCAGGCCGCCGACAGCCUGGUCGGCCGCCAGAUGGCGCUCAUCGUGUUCACCAACUCGCUCUGCUGGUUCCCCAUGAUCGUCAUGGGGCUCAUGGCCAUGUCGGGCGUCCGCAUACCGGGCGAGGCGUACGCGUGGACGGCCGUGUUCGUGCUGCCCGCCAACUCGGCGGCCAACCCGCUCAUCUACACCAUCGCAUCGCUGCGGUUCCGCUUGUUCCUGCUGCGCGUCGGGCUAGCCCGCAAGAAGCACUCGCUCUCCUUCAGCAAGGCGAUUGCCCACGCGAGCAACGGAGGAGCCCCGCGGCGGGACCGCGGGGCGCACACGUUCCGGCCGCCGCACGGCUACGUGCCGCUCAUGCAGCUCCUGCGCUCGGAGCCACGCGUCACGCCCCACCAGCUGCUGCAGGUCGCCGUGGGCGUCAGCGAGGUGCUGUGCGAGCUUCACGCGCAGAACUACGCGCUCGGAGGAAUCAACGUCGACUGCGUCUUCGUCGCCCUCGAGAAUCCCAGUAAGCUGCAUGUCUAUUUGCCGGACAUUAAUGCGUACCGCAUAGACUCCAACAGCUACAAUACCAACGACACAGCUGCAGACAUGGAAGAGUUCGGAGGACUUGUCAAGAAGAUGCUUCGAGCAUACCAUGUGUCGCAACGUGCAAGGGAGUCAUCCAUUCAGUGAGACCUCUACCCCACCACGAUUCAGUCAUUCACUCAGGUGGACACUCUUGUCACUUUGUACAUAUCUUUUAAUAAAAGAAAAUUUCUUAGGCA